AUGAUUUUGAGAAGUUUCGAACAAGAUUUCAUUGAAUGCAUGCACAAGAAUAAUAUCAAAAAGCAAGAAAUUGAUGGUACAUCGAACAAACCUAUUUCUAUCGAAGAUCGUAGAUUUUUGCAGAAGUGUCAAUCAAGUAUUCACAGGACACAGGAUGGUCAUUAUGAGAUGUCUCUCCCUUUUCGAAACAAAGAAGUGAUGCUUUCAAACAACAAGCAAUUAGCUCUCAGAUGCUUACAAGGAAUUAAGAAGCGUUUUGAGAAAGAUGAAAGGUUUAAAGAGCUUUAUUGUGCAUUCAUGAAAGAUGCAAUUGAAAAGGGAUAUGCUGAGAGAUUGUCCGAAGGUGACAAUGGUAAUCAUGGAUAUGUAUGGUAUAUUCCACAUCAUGGAGUGUUUCAUCCUUGUAAGCCAAACAAGAUCAGAGUUGUAUUUAAUUGCAGUUCUGAAUUUGAAGGUCAAAGUUUAAAUGGGUAUUUGCUACAAGGACCAGAUCUUACCAACUCACUGAUAUCAGUACUUGCUCGAUUUCGUGAAAAGGAAAUUGCGUUCAUGGCAGACAUCGAAUCAAUGUUUUAUCAAGUUCGAAUUAACGAAGAAGACAGAGAUUUUGUCAGAUUUCUGUGGUGGGACAAUGGAGAUUGCACGAAAAAACCUAGUUGUUACAGGAUGCGAGUCAUGGUGUUUGGUUCUACGUCGAGUCCAUCGUGCUGUAAUUUUGUCCUCAAAAAGACUGCAGAUGACUAUGAAAAGGAAUUUGGUGAAGAAGCAGCUCAAUUCUUGAGAAAGAAUUUCUACGUUGAUGAUGGUUUAAAGUCAGUUGAUAGUGUUGAAGAAGCAACAUCGUUGAUCAAAGCAAGUAAGAAAAUGUGUGCUAAAGGUGGCUUCAAUUUGACAAAAUUUGUGUCUAAUAAUAAUGAAGUUUUACAAGCUGUUGAUGAGAAUGAUCGCUCGACAAAGUUCAAGAAUUUAGAUCUUGGAAGUAACCCAAUACCAGUUGAAAGAGCACUGGGUGUUCAAUGGUGUAUUGUGGAUGACAGUUUCACUUUUCGUAUUACUUUGAAAGAUCGUCCUUUCACAAGGCGUGGAAUUCUGUCAACAGUAUGUUCAAUCUAUGAUCCGUUCGGAUUUAUUGCUCCUGUUGUCUUAGAAGGAAAACGCAUUCUUCAGGAGUUGUGUCGUGAUAAGUGCAAAUGGGAUGAACCCGUUCCAGAUAAUUUGAAACCAAGAUGGGAGCGAUGGAGAAAUGAUCUUCAUCAUCUUGCCGAAUUAAAAAUUCGACGAUGUUUCAAGCCAAGUAAUUUUGGUGAAAUCAAGGAAACUGAAUUACAUCACUUUAGUGAUGCCUCGACUCGUGGAUAUGGCCAGUGCACCUAUUUAAGACUGACCAAUCAGAAAAAUCAAAUUCAUUGUUCAUUCGUGAUGGGAAAGUCUAGAGUAGCACCAUUGAAACCUAUCACGAUACCUCGAUUGGAAUUGACUGCGGCACUUGUAUCUGUUCGGGUUGGAGUCAUGUUGAGGCAAGAAUUGAAUUUUGUCAACAUCAAGGAAACAUAUUGGACAGACAGUAAAGUUGUUCUUGGUUAUGUUUCAAAUGAUUCUCGUCGAUUUCACAUAUAUGUGGCAAACCGUGUUCAAGAGAUUCGUGAUCAUAGUGAGCCAAAUCAAUGGUUUUAUGUGGAUACAAAGAACAACCCAGCUGAUGAUGCCUCAAGAGGUUUGUGUCCAAAAGAUCUACUGACCAAACAUGAUCGAUAUCUAAAGGGACCUGAUUUUCUGUGGAAACCACUUACAGUGGAAAAAGAGUUUUCACAUGAAUUCGAAGAGCUUGAUGCUUCGGAUCCAGAAAUACGUAAUUCUGUGACAUUUUUGACUGAAGUAAAAGAGCAAUCCUUCCCAAGUCUUUUGGAGAGAUUGUCAAUGUUUUCAAGUUUAUACAAAGCUCAGAGAUUUGUUGUCAUUUUAUGCCGAUGGCUGAAAAUUCUUCAAAAUCGUAGAAACAAGAAUUUGACUUCAUCUUUUGAUUCAAUAACUGUACAAGAGAUGGAAGAUGCUAAGAAGAUAAUUUUAAAACUUAUGCAGUGUCAAGUGUAUCCAGAUGAAAUCGAAAUAUUGAACAAACCUAAGAAAUUCGAUACUGUAAAGAAAUCUUCAUCAUUAUUCAAGCUUGAUCCAUGUAUAAGAUCUGAUGGAUUGUUGAGAAUUGGGGGAAGAUUGAAAGAUUCAAGUUUGCCUGAAGAAUUGAAGCAUCCUGUCAUAUUGCCCAAGUCUCAUCAUAUUACAACUCUGAUAAUCAAGCAUUAUCAUGAAGUCGUGAAACAUCAAGGACGUGGAAUUACACUCAAUGAAAUAAGAUCUGCUGGAUUUUGGAUAGUUUCUGGCAUUGCUGCUGUCUCAAGUUUCAUACAUCACUGCACAAAAUGUAGGAGACUUAGAGGAACAUUUCAAGAACAGAAAAUGGCUGAUUUACCAAAAGACAGAAUGGAUGAUAGUCCAUGUUUUUCAUUUUGUGCUACAGAUUUAUUUGGCCCCUUCAUUAUCAAAGAAAGGAGAAAAGAACUCAAGAGAUAUGGAGUUUUAUUUACAUGUAUGGCAUCGCGUGCUGUUCGUGUUGAAAUCGCCCCAAGUUUAGAAACCGACAGCUUUAUAAAUGCUCUAAGAAGAUUUAUUUGCAGAAAUGGGCCAAUCAGACAACUGAGAUGUGACCGUGGAACCAACAUGGUUGGAGCAUCAAGAGAAUUAAAAGAGGGUCUACAGGCAAUGAAUCAUUCAAAAAUUCAAGAAGUUUUACUUAGAGAAAAUUGUGAUUAUUUCCCAUUCAAGUUCAAUGUCAGCGCUGCAAGUUAUCAGGGAGGUGUUUGGGAACGUCAAAUUCGUAGUAUUAGAGCAGUUCUUUCAUCCAUCCUGGAAAAGAAUGGAAGGCAACUAGAUGAGGAUUCUCUUCGCACUCUGAUGGCAGAGGCUGAAGCAGUUGUCAAUGGACGUCCUCUAGUUGUGGAUAAUUUGUCAUGUCCUGAUUCACCACUGCCUCUGACGCCUAAUCAUUUGUUGACUGCGAAGACAAGACUUGUAUUACCACCACCAGGUGUAUUUGGAAGGGAAGAUUUGUACUCGCGUAAAAGAUGGAGGAGAGUACAGCAUUUAGCCAAUGAAUUUUGGAUUCGAUUUCGUAAAGAAUAUUUACAAUCACUCCAAGUUCGUCAAAAGUGGAACAAAGUUCAACGUGACCUCAAAAUUGGUGAUAUUGUCAUAGUCGUUGACGAAAAUACACCAAGAAAUCAGUGGAAGAUGGCAAGAAUUGUUGAUGUCUAUCCCGAUGCAGAUGGUCAUGUUCGAAGAGUUCGAGUUCACAUAGGAGAUUCAACACUCGAUGAGAGAGGAAAGCGUAUAAGGGAUGUUCUCUUUCUUGAUCGUCCAAUCCAAAAGUUGAUUCUUUUCUUGGAGAGUGGAGAUACGGGAGAAGAUUCCCGACGAGGGAGCCAGAAAUAGACAUUGUGAAAUUGUAAUUUUAUUUUAGUAUAGAAAUAGCAUUUCUAGGGGAGCCAUGUAAAUGAUGGCUCAGCCGUCAUUUUAUUUAUUGCCCUUUGUCGCCUCAUUGUGGUACUUUAGAUUGUUGCGCAAGUUUGUCUCGUGGUUGCGCCAUUUUUCAGGAUUUUGUUGAACAGGCUGACAGGGUUUGUGCUUCUCUGAUUUGGUCUAAUAUAUUAUUCUUUUUCCAUACAGUUAAGAUUGUUUAAAUGUUAAAUAUUGAAGUACCUGCUUGUUUGUGAUAUUAUUAGCCGAAAAAAUCGUUUAUACACUUCUUCAAUUCAUUGAGACUUUAUAUUGGAACAUUUCAUCAGUCCACUGAGACACUAUUUUGGAACGCUUCAUAACAUCUAAGUUAUUUCAUUUGGUCAUCUUUGAACACGAUUUGGAAGUAACAUCAAAACAUUGUGUUGGACAGUUUCUUGGGGUUUCCAGGUUUCAGUGAGUGCAGCAGUGAGUUAAACGACGGUUAUACCUACACGGCGGAACAUACGACUGCGAGUCUGCGACAAAAGGGUUAAAUAGACUGUUAGAUUCGUAGCAUCGUGAACAGCGGCCGUAAUACC